CAGGUCCGCGCACGCGCCCAGGGUCGGGCCUCGCCGCCUCAGAGGCAGCGGAGGUGAGUGGCGCGGCCUGUCGGCCUGGAGGGACUGUGAGGGGACGUGUGCGGCCGUGCGCCGGUCACCUCAUCGGCGUCCCGCUCCUGGCCGGGCCUGGGUUCCUCCGCGGAGGACUCGGGGAUUCUGAGAGGAGAGGCAGGCGCCUUGGGGCCAGGCCGCGGAACUUGCACCCGGCUUGUUCCCGCGCUGCGCGGCGCUGCGGGCCCGGGAGCCGUCCGAGGGCCGGUUGGCUGACUGGACAGAACCGAGGGAAAAAGUCAGUGAACUUGACGGCAGGGCGGUAAACACGACGCGAACUGAAACUCAAAGAGAGUGACAACAUAGGUUCCGAGAACCGCGGGGACACUGCCUGAGCUCAACGUACUUGCGGUUGAGAUGUCCGUGGAAGACGAGAGAGAAGGGGGCUGAAGAAGAAAUCUAUGAAGUGAUAAUGGUUAAGGAUUUUCCUAAACUACAGAUAUUAAGCCACAGAUCAAACUGCUUAGUGCAGCACAAGCAGGAUAAAUGGCGUGUGAGACAGAGCGAAACCCCCUGGGUGUGUUCAAGUGCCAGCUCUGUGCCUUAACAGCUCCAUACAGCUACAAGGGGCAGCAGCCCCCUGACAGCCAGUCUGUCGUCCUCCUGGAGGAGAGCUACGUGCUGAGGGACCCCUUCACCCCCGACAAGGGCAGGUUCCUGGUCGUCGGCUCGAGGUGCAGCGUGUGCAGCAGGCUGGUGUGUGUGGGCCCGGAAUGCAGUUUAUUCUACUCCAAGAGAUUUUGCCUCCCCUGUGUCCAGGACAACAUGGAUGCUUUCCCUCAGGAAAUCCAGCAAGACUUGGAGAAAAGGAAAGUCCCCUCCACGAGGCCUGCCAGCCAGCGCAGUUCUCGACCAUGAGUGCAGUCGGGUACCAGGUCCGCAGCGAUGCCCACCUGGGGCUCGUGCCCACGCGGGCUUCCAUGGCCCAUGUCAGAGACGGGGCCGAGAUGGAGCCGCUGUGCCGGCCUUCUUCCUGGGCCACUGGGAGCCGUGUCUGCAGCCCGGAGGGGCUGGGGUCUGCCUGCAGCAGCACCAGGGUCAGGAGCUGGCAGAGACGGCACCCAUAGCCAGACCCCAGAUGCCAGCGCUCAGGGACCGCAGCCGCCCACCCUCAUAGCCCCCAGCUUAGCAGCUGGUGAGACGCUGACCAUGGGCUCGCCCUGUGCCCCCAGUCCUUAGAGGGCAGAGCUGCUCCCGUCCGAGUCUGUAAGUUCUGCAGGGCCAGCGCACACUGCCUGGGGGUGAUAGAGACAUGUCUGAUGAGGGGACGAAUAAAGAGCUUUUACUGACC